AUGAAAGCAUUCCUGAGUCUCCCUUUUGUCGGACUGGCGCUUGCCAGUUCCGAUUCUUCCUGCCGUUGCAGACCCCAUGAGACGUGUUGGCCCUCUCCACGAAUAUGGAAUGCCCUUAAUAGCUCUAUUAAUGGUAACCUCUACGCCGUACGACCGGUGGCCGCCCCCUGCCAUGAAGGAGACCCAGAAGCCUGCCAUUUUGUCACUAAGCAAUGGUUCAAUUCCACCUGGCGAGCGGCACAGCCUGGCGCAGUCCAAUGGGAAAAUUGGGAAUCAUGGCUGGAGCAUAAUCAGACCUGCUCUAACACGAGUCCUCGUCAGACACCUUGCGGUCAGGGAAGGGUUUCUCUAUACUCUGUCGUGGCUGAGUGCGCAUCCCAUAUCCAAGAAGCUGUUCGGUUCGCGAAGAGACACAAUCUUCGCCUUGCGGUGAAGAACUCCGGCCAUGACUUUCUUGGUCGCUCGACGGCACCGGAGUCAUUGCAGAUUCUUACCAACAGGAUGAAGGAUAUUCGGUUUAGUGAGAAUUUCAAACCGGCUGGUGCUCCAAAGAAUACGUCUCAGGGUUCUGCCAUCACAAUUGGGGCUGGAGUCAGUUUACAGGAGCUGUAUGCUGCUGCUGGGAAGAAAGGCAAGAUAGUUGUUGCUGGUGUUUCGCACACUGUUGGUGCUGCUGGGGGGUAUAUCCAGGGAGGAGGGCAUUCUUUCUUGGGGCCCUGGAAGGGCAUGUCUACUGAUAAUGCACUUGAAUACAUGGUCGUGACUGCUGAUGGUCACCUGGUUAUCGCGAACAAUUAUCAGAACACUGACCUCUUCUGGGCUCUACGCGGCGGCGGCGGGGGCACCUUUGGUGUCGUUGUGACAGUUACCCUGCGCACCUUCGAUGACGUUCCAGUUGUCUUCGGCAAUCUCAAUGUCAGUACUGUGGCCGGUAAUCCCAAUUUCUGGCAGGUGAUGACGGAUUUCCAUGCCGCUUUACCAGCCUUGAACGACGGCGCUGGUGGGUACUAUUGGAUGACGCCCAAUAUGCCAGUGAACAAGACACUGAAUGUCUCGACAUUGUCAAUCAUACUCAUGUCUCCGAAUCAAAUUAACACUACAAAAAUGGAUCGUCUCUAUGCGCCAUUCAGAUCAAAGUUGAAUGCAAUUUCCGGUGUCAGCACGCAAUAUACAUCGCAGCCCUUCCCCAGCAUCCAUACUCUGUUCUCGGAACUCCUUCUUCCUGGAGACCAAGACCCCACUGGUCGUAAUACUAUCCUAGGGUCGAGGUUAUUCUCCCGGAGUCUGCUUCUUUCACCCAGUGGCCCAAAGAAACUUGUCUCCGCCCUGAAGAAGCUCAGCUUCGACCCCGGACAAGGUAUCACCGGCCAUAUCGUCGCUGGAGGCCUCGUUACCCAGAAUGGACGGACUAUCGACAGCGCUUUAAAUCCAGCUUGGAGGAAAGCUGCGACCCACAUCGAUUUUGCUCGCUCCUGGGCACCAUCUGCCACCCUUGCUCAACGGGAUGCAGUGAUUCGUCGUCUGACUGAUGUUGAGAUGCCAAUUCUCAAGGCUGUUGAGGGAAGUAAGAUGGGUUCCUAUAUGAAUGAGGCAAAUGCGUACGAGCCAGAUUUCCAGACUGAGUUCUGGGGAAGCAAUUAUCCGCGUCUGUACCAGAUCAAGCAGAAAUGGGAUCCCACUGGUCUUUUCAUUGCUCGCAAGGGAGUGGGUAGUGAGAAUUGGGAUGAUGCUGGACUUUGUCGGGUUGGUAUGAGGAAUUAG